ACCUGAUUCGAAACAGUCACCCGAUUCACCCGCCGCGAACGCGAUGAUGCUGAAUCGCGUCUAAGCUCGCGAAGAUGUCCAUCUUCCUGAAGGAUCAGCACAUCGAAGAACCGGCUGAGUACGUCCACAUCAAUCAGAACGAGUUCGUCUACCGAAGGCACAAGAAGCAGAAAGAAGAGGACAUAGCUAUUUGUGUGUGCAAACUCGAUCCAAGUGAUCCUGAUAGUGCCUGUGCAGAGAGAUGCUUGAAUGUCCUAACCAGCACAGAGUGUACUCCAACAUAUUGCCCCUGCAAUUUGUAUUGUAGGAAUCAGCGAUUUCAAAAAUGUCAAUAUGCUAGAACGAGAUUGUUUAAGACAGAUGGCCGUGGAUGGGGUCUUCUUGCUGAUGAGAACAUUAAGGCAGGGCAGUUUAUAAUUGAAUAUUGUGGAGAGGUAAUAUCAUGGAAAGAGGCAAAACGAAGGUCUCACAUUUAUGAAACUCAAGGUCUGAAGGAUGCAUUUAUUAUAUGUCUCAAUGCCGUAGAGUCCAUUGAUGCAACUAAAAAGGGGAGCCUUGCUAGGUUCAUAAAUCAUUCAUGCCAGCCAAAUUGUGAGACAAGGAAAUGGAAUGUAUUGGGGGAGAUAAGAGUUGGCAUAUUUGCCAAGCAUGACAUUCCUGCUGGAUCUGAAUUGUCAUAUGAUUAUAACUUCGAGUGGUAUGGUGGAGCCAAGGUCCGUUGUCUCUGUGGUGCACCUAGCUGUUCUGGUUUCCUGGGUGCGAAAUCCCGUCGUUUCCAGGAAGAUACUUAUCUAUGGGAAGAUGAUGAUGACAGGUACUCCGUUGAAAACAUUCCACUGUAUGAUUCUGCAGAGGAUGAGCCUACCUCUAAGCUCCAAAAGAUCCAUGAUCCAAUGGAUCUAGAGUAUAUCUCAAAUGGAAAAGUUGAACCCUCGGUUCAGUUUAAUGAUUAUGAGCAGGUCAAUUCGACUGCUUCUUUUGUGAAACCUGAAGAUUUAGUGCCAGUUCAAGAUGCGGUGUCACCUGUUGUGAAAGCUGAAAUAAGUGAGGAAGCUGUACUCUAUCCUCAAGAUUCGGAAAAGAUAUUCUCACAGAAGAAUGCAAUGAUAGUUCGAAUUAAGAGUAAUAGUGCAUGCCGGAAUUAUCACAUUGGACCUGGGCCUAUUUCAAAGAAAAGGUCACAGAUCAUAUUGAAUGGAAGACCAAAGCAUCUUCCGCCAAAUGGCAAUGAUGCCAAAUUGGUUGCUCAACGCUUACCUUCAAAAGAAGCACAAGAACUUCUCAAGUGUGAGGAAAUGAGAGAUGAAGCCAAUUCUCAGCUCGACUGCUUGUAUAAUGAAAUACGUCCAGCAAUUGAAGAACAUGAGAGGGACAGCCAAGAUAGUGUAGCUACUAGUGUAGCUGAAAAAUGGAUAGAAGCCUCCUGUGCGAAGCUGAAGGCUGAAUUUGACCUUUAUUCAUCUUUGAUUAAACAUGUAAUCUUCACACCACGGAAAGCCGAACUGUUGGACGUUGAUGAAAAUCAUGAACAGAAGACUCUGGAAUAUGAUAUACCUCAGAAUCUCAGCAGCUAAUUCAGAGUUUGUAAAUACAUAAAAUCAAGGUGAUGGACCAGGACAGUCACAAUACCAAGGGGAAAUAUCAGAAUUCAGUUGGAGCUUUUGAGUUAGCGAAUAGUUGACUUCCAACAAAAUAAAGCUGAUCCUGUGGCAACUGCAACUGCACCUUGAGUUGCAGGUUAAUAUCUGAAAAGUUGACUCGACAAAUUCACAAGAUAAACUAGUUAAUUGCGUGCAUCUAAUUUCUGAUGUUAAGUCUGUUGUUCGCUGUAUCAAAACCUCAUUCUGGACAUUACUUGGUCUGAUCUGAUUAUAGCCUCGGAAGUGGGAUGUAUAGAUAGAAAUUGUUUUAGCAGUACAGGGUAGGUUCAAGCUCUGCUGUAGAAGUUGUGGUGAGUUUUAAUUCUUCAUCAAUUUGUUGUCAACUGAUAUAUGAAGUUCAAGCCACGAGUGGCUGAGCAUCACCAUGUUGAGUGGAUUUUCAAUGGUGCUAAUCACACCCUCCUUUUAAUGUGUUGAUGAAGUGCGAUCAGCAAUGGAGAAAUUGGUUGAGCUUACGUUUAA